AUGAUGGUUAUAGAAGCCAAUCAUGAGAUUGAGCCUCAAGCUGACGGAAUCACUUUCAAAUCAUAUCUUACAAGAUUUGUUGUUCCUUCAAAUGAGUCUGGCUCCAACAGUAACUUUUAUUACUCCUUUGAUGCUGGAGGAGUACAUUUCAUCAUGUUGGGAGCAUAUGUUGACUACAACAGUUCUGGUGCCCAAUAUGCUUGGCUGAAAGAUAACCUGGAUAAAGCAACUCCGCAGUGUGACCCCUUGGCUUGUAGCUGCAUGGCAUCUGCCUUGGUACAAUAG